CGUCGUCGUUUUUUACGGAUAUUUUAUGAUUUCCUUUUUAUUUUACACUUGAAGAAGGUUAUUGUUUGAUCCGGAGAAGAAAUGGUGGUUUCUGGACCAAUUACGCCUGGACAGGUGUCUUUUCUUUUAGGAGUUAUUCCUGUUUUCAUUGCAUGGAUAUAUUCAGAGUUCUUAGAGUACAAGAAAUCUGCAUCUCAUUCUAAAGUCCAUUCAGACAAUAAUCUGACUGAAUUAGGAUAUGAGACAGUUAAAGAUGAUGAUCGGGUUCUUUUGCUUGAAGGAGGUCUCACUAGAUCAGUAUCUGCUAAAGUCCAUAGUUCAACCAUCAAAACGAACUUGAUUAGGUUUUUGACUAUGGAAGACUCUUUUCUGCUUGAAAAUCGAGCAAUUUUGAGAGCAAUGGCUGAAUUUGGUGCUAUCCUAGUGUAUUUCUAUAUAUGUGACCGAACAAAUUUACUAGGAGAAUCUACCAAGAAGUACAACCGUGACCUUUUCCUCUUCCUCUAUGCAAUUCUCAUCGUAGUUUCAGCAAUGACUUCUUUGACGAAACAUAAUGAUAAAUCAGCCUUCUCUGGAAAGGCCAUGCAUUACCUUAGUAGGCAUCAGACUGAAGAAUGGAAAGGAUGGAUGCAGGUCCUAUUUCUCAUGUACCAUUACUUUGCUGCAAUGGAGAUAUAUAAUGCUAUUCGCAUCUUCAUUGCUGCAUAUGUUUGGAUGACUGGAUUUGGCAACUUCUCAUACUAUUAUAUUAGAAAGGAUUUCAGUUUGGCUCGUUUUGCCCAGAUGAUGUGGCGACUAAACUUCUUUGUGGCGUUUUGCUGCAUUGUUCUCAACAAUGACUAUAUGCUUUACUACAUCUGCCCAAUGCACACGCUUUUCACCCUGAUGGUGUAUGGAGCUCUUGGGAUUUUUAACAAGUAUAAUGAGAAUCCUUCAGUGAUGGCCAUGAAAAUUCUUGCAUGCUUUCUCACGGUUAUCUUUAUUUGGGAAGUUCCCGGAUUUUUUGACAUAUUCUGGAGUCCAUUGGCUUUCCUUUUAGGUUAUACAGAUCCUGCAAAACCCAAUCUCCCUCGGUUGCACGAGUGGCAUUUUAGAUCUGGUCUUGACCGCUAUAUAUGGAUAAUCGGAAUGAUAUAUGCCUACUAUCAUCCUAAUGUCGAGAAAUGGAUGGAAAAGUUGGAGGAAUGUGAACCCAAGAGAAAAUCCUCAAUCAAAGCAAGCAUUACCGCAAUUUCUUUAUUCGUUGGCUAUAUGUGGUACGAAUAUAUCUACAAGCUGGACAAGGUUACAUACAACAAAUACCAUCCCUACACAUCUUGGAUUCCCAUAACCGUCUACAUUUGCUUGCGGAAUUGUACUCAGCAGCUUAGGAGUUACUCUUUGACUCUCUUUGCGUGGCUCGGCAAGAUAACUCUCGAGACUUACAUUUCCCAGUUUCAUAUCUGGUUGAGAUCAGACAUGCCUAACGGACAACCCAAAUGGCUUCUUUCAUUUAUCCCGGAAUAUCCACUGCUCAACUUCAUGCUCACAACUGCCAUCUAUGUCUUGGUAUCUCAUCGAUUAUUCGAAUUAACAAAUACAUUUAAGUCUGCUUUCAUACCCACGAAAGACAACCGACGACUACUACAUAAUUUCAUAGCUGGAGUAGCCAUUUCCCUGUGUUUGUACUGCACCUCACUCGUUAUCCUUCAGAUUCCUCAUUCAACUGCCUGAGAAAGCACGAUACAUCGAGUUAAUAUGGAACA